UCAUGCCAAAAUCAUUUUCUGGAUCAACGGCUUUCGACCAUGCAAUGGCAGGAAUUACAGCAGGAGCUAUGACCACGAUUUUAUUACAUCCAUUGGACUUGAUAAAAACCAGAUUUCAAGUCGAUGAAUCUACAAAACGAAGACGUAGAUUUGGUGCUACAUUUAUAGAAAUGAAAUAUAUCGUCAAAAAACACCAAUUUAUAGGUUUAUAUCGUGGCGUUACAGCCAAUUUAGCUGGUGCUACUGCUAGUUGGGGAUUUUAUUUUUAUUUGUAA